AUAAGACCGGGAUGAAUGGCUGGCGGAGUUGGUUUAAAUAUUUGAAUUCUGCGCAUUUCUCCGGAACCAUGGCUAUUUCCCUCGCAAUCAUCGCUCGCCUCGCAAUUUGUCCAGCACAGCCACUGUCCACUUCUCCCUUCCUGAGGUGGAAACGGAGCUCGAGCUCUCUUCAGUAAAUUACCACCCGAAACACGGUAAUUCAUCGCGUGCAACUCCAUCCAUCCAGAACUUCUUUCCGCAAUCUCCAAGGCCUGAAAGAGAGCCGACCAACUGCCCGACCGACGACCGCAUCCUGUCCAACGGGCCUCACUCCUCCGAUCGCCUCAACCCUCGUAUGGGCUUGACUGCCUCAUACCAUUCUUCGCUCCCCUCGUCGGUAUAGGUGUCAUGGACAGGCACCGUCGUGAUGAGUCGCCCUCCGGUCUAUCAGAUAUUGUCGAGCAGGAUGGUCUUUUAGGGACCGGCAUCACGACUCGUCAUAUUGAGGCUUUUGGACGGAAAGUCACAUCGACUGCUGGGCAUCUGAUGGGACCGACUUCCGAGUCCAACGGCGGCCACUACCACCACGCUAUGGUUGACAUCCAGCGCGAGCUGCGACGCCCUGCCGCUCAGCGCAAUGUCUUCUCCCUGACCCAAACCACCCCCACCGAUCUGGUCCGAUCUAAACUCUCUACAUCCGAAAUCCAAUCGCGAGCGAUCUCAUCCCUUCCUGAUGAGCUUCUCAUGAACAUUCCUGAAGACAGCAGCUCCUACUCGCUUUUUCAAGGAUUCCAGGCCUCCCAAGAUGAUAUAGAAUAUAGAAAGGCCCAUCGCCGGCGCUCUUCCAAGAGCAAAAAGUUAUUGAAAGAUGGGGAGGCACAUGACGCUUUGCCUUCUGCGCCAACGGACCUGAGGAAGGAACGAGAUUUGCUCAACCGCCGCAUGGACCUGAUGGGUGUCCGCAAAAACAUGUGCAGCUCGGAGAUACAUGAGAUCGAUAACAAGAUUGCCAAUUUACACCACAUGCGCAAAAUUGUUUUAGACCGGUUAGCCAACUUAGAGAUGGAAGAAGCGGAACUGGAACAUGAACUGACGGAGGUGGAUAAUAAGUUGGAAGAUCUUGAAGAAGAAGAAGCGGCACAAGCACAGGCUCAGGCCCCAGCGACACCGAAGUCGUCAGAAGCAAAUGACGACUCGAUUGUCUCGGAAGACCCGGCAAUUGAUGCAUCUUUCAUGUCCGAGUCUAUAUACCAAAAGAUCCCCUCCCCGAAGAGCGUCAAGCAAAAAUCAAUAAGGAAACGCUCGAUGCCGAUCCUGCAUGAACAUUUCAGCCCUGGCUCAGAGAUCAAGGAGAUGGCAGCCCACUCAGACAUGGUCACCGCGAUCGAUUUUGACUAUCCAUUUGGUACUAUGAUCAGUGCUGCGCUGGAUGACACUGUGCGGGUGUGGGAUCUCAAUGUUGGUCGUUGCAUCGGAUUCCUAGAUGGACAUAAUGCUUCGGUCCGUUGCCUUCAGAUUGAAGACAACAUAGUUGCCACCGGUUCGAUGGAUGCGUCUGUCAAGCUAUGGGAUCUGAGCCGCGCGCGAACAACGAGCACUCGCGACAAUCGCAUCACCCGCCGCGAUGACGGAGAUGAAGAGACUGUGCCAGCCGAUGACGCCUCGGUGGCAUCCCAUUCUACCACAUUGGAGGACUGCUAUGUCUAUUCACUCGACGCUCAUGUCGAUGAGAUCACUGCUCUUCACUUCAAGGGUGACACCCUAAUCUCCGGGUCCGCCGACAAGACGCUGCGACAGUGGGAUUUGGUGAAGGGGCGCUGCGUCCAAACGCUUGAUGUGCUCUGGGCGGCCGCGCAGGCGUCGUCGCUGGGAGGAGAUUCGCAAUGGCGCCCCUCAGGACGCCUGCCGGACGCAUCGGCGGACUUUGUCGGAGCCGUUCAGUGCUUUGACGCCGCCCUAGCCUGUGGUACGGCGGACGGUAUGGUACGAUUGUGGGAUCUGCGCAGUGGGCAGGUGCAUCGUAGCCUGGUGGGCCAUACCGGCCCUGUCACCUGUCUACAAUUCGACGAUGUGCAUCUGGUUACUGGAAGUCAGGACCGCAGUAUUCGGAUAUGGGACCUCCGAAUGGGAUCGAUCUACGAUGCCUACGCCUAUGACAAACCAAUUACGAGCAUGAUGUUCGACACCAAGCGGAUCGUUGCGGCUGCGGGAGAAAACGUUGUGAAGGUCUAUGACAAGGCGGAUGGCCACCACUGGGACUGUGGCGCUGGAGUCGGUGCCGAUGAACAGGGUCCAUCGCCUGCAACUGUCGAGCGUGUACGACUCAAGGAUGGCUUCCUUGUUGAAGGCCGCAAAGACGGUAUCGUUGCGGCAUGGACUUGUUGAAAUGACCAUGCUUCUAUGACUCGCAAAAGCCCGCCACGUUCAUGCUAGCAUUUGGAUGGUUCUAUACUUUGCGAAUGCUUUGACUGCCUCAGCGACUGUACAUUAUAUUUACGUUUGGCCAACAUAGAAAGGUAUCAAGGCGUCCUACGGUAGGAGCAGCCGUUGUAAACUAGUUUCAUAUUGAUGCGUCGAUACCUCUUCUAGGCCACUUCAUUGAUUGAUGCAAAGAAAACUUUCUUUGUUCACACCUGAAACAUGCUUCUCUGAG